CUUGGUAACCGUACGAACACAAAACAAAUCGCCCUAUGUCAUAACAAGACAGUAUUGUUGCGUUAAUUUAGUAAUAAACAAUCAUUGUUGAAUGUGACAGAAUGAGAGCACAUCCAGCAUGGGUCGACAAGGUACAAGACAAAUCGGAUCAAUGUAUAUACGAUCUUUGUUUUAAUCCGGAUGGUACGCAAUUGGUUGUUGCGUCUGGCAAUCAAGUUCUUGUAUAUGAGACCAAUGAUGGUGCUUUGGUUCAACCAUUAAAAGGCCACAAGGAUACAGUAUACUGUGUAUGUUAUGCCAAGGAUGGUAAAAAAUUUGCAUCAGGCAGUGCAGACAAGAGUGUUAUUAUCUGGACUUCCAAGCUGGAAGGAAUAUUAAAAUACUCACACAAUGAGGCUGUACAAUCAAUGCAAUUUAAUCCCGUUUCACAUCAGCUGCUCAGCUGUUCUCUCUCAGACAUUGCCUUUUGGUCUGCGGAACAGAAAGCUGUGCAGAAGCUCAAGUCUGGAGGGCGAGUCAAUUGCUGUGCGUGGACAAAGGAUGGACAAUACUUAGCCCUUGGUCUUGCAAAUGGAUACGUAUCCAUAAGAAACAAAAAUGGUGAGGAGAAAACAAAGAUCGAACGACAGCUUGGAGUACCAAUCUGGAGUUUAUCGUGGAAUCCUUUACGUGAUGACUCUACGGACAUUCUCUGUAUCGCCGAGUGGAAUGGAGUAAUCUCGUUUUACACUAUUGGCGGAGAAAUAGUCAGGAGAGAGAGAUCGCUCGGUUUCAUACCGUUGAAAGUGGUUCAUUUCCCGGAAGGCCAAUACCUUCUCGUUUGCGGCAGCAAUAAGCAAUGCCUGUUGAUGACCCACGACGGCAUACAGUUGGUCAGCGUAGGUUCUGCCUUCUCAUCGUGGGUAUGGAGCUGCGCCAUUCAUCCGACUGCUUCGCACGUUGCGCUUGGUUCUCAGGACGGUACGAUCACGUACUUGCAACUAUCCUGGAACGUCGUGCACGGCCUGUACGGGGACAGAUACGCCUACCGAGAGAACAUGACCGACGUGAUCAUACAGCAUUUGAUCACGAAUCAAAAAGUCCGAAUUAAAUGCAAAGAUCUGGUAUGCCGAAUCGCAGUUUACCGAAACAGGCUGGCCGUGCAAUUGCCGGAGCGUGUAAUCAUCUACGAGCCGUCCGGCGCCAGCGACGGAAUGCAUUACAGGAUACGAGAGAAGCUCAACCAGACGUUGAACUGCAAUCUGUUGGUUGUCACGUCGAACAAUCUGGUUCUGUGCCUGGAAAGGCGUCUGCAGAGCCUCUCGUUCACCGGGGUGAUAGAGAGAGAAUGGAUACUCGACGGGCUCAUCACUUACAUCAAGGUAGCCGGCGGCCCCGCCGGACAGGAAUGCCUGAUAGCCGGCUUGAAGACCGGCCACGUGAUGAAGAUAUACCUGGACAACCCGUUCCCCGCGCAUGUGACGCGAAUCGAGGACUCCGUGCGAUGCUUGGACAUCAGCUCCUUGAAGGAAAAAAUGGCGGUGGUCAGCGAAGCCGGUAUUCUCUCCGUGUUCGACCUGUGUACCGGCGAGAAACUGCAGGAGUUCCAGGACGUCAACAGCGUGGCGUUCAAUAUCGCCUUCGAGGACAUCAUGUGCUUCGCGGGCAAUAGUUACCUCGCGAUUAAGGUAGCGAAUUUCUCUGAAUACAGGCAGAAGUUCUGCGGCUUCGUGGUGGGCCACAACGGCUCGAAGCUGUAUUGCCUGAACGGCUCGUCCAUCGUCACGCUGGAAGUGCCGUUGUCACUGUUCAUGUAUCAGUACCUGGACAUCGGGCUGUACGGUCACUCUUACGACAUCGCGUGCUUAGGCGUAGCCGAAUCGGACUGGCUCGCCCUGGGCACUGCGUGCUUGGACAAUCUGGAGCUGAACAUCGCGUACUCGGCUUUCGCGCGGGUGAAGAAGCUGCGCUACAUAGAGAUCGUGUCGGAGGUGGAGGAGAAGCUGAAGUCGGGCGAAUGGGGACGAGAGGCGUGCAUGGCCACCGCGGCGGCCGCCAUGGGCAGACUCCGGGACGCGGCGAAGCUCUACCAGAAAGCCGGCCUGCAGCAAUACGCCUUGGACAUGUAUUCCGACCUGCGGAUGUUCGACAUCGCCCAGGAGUUCAUUGCCUCCGGCAACACGCAGGAUCGCACGGUGCUGCUGAGACGACGGGCCGAGUGGGCGAAGAGCCUGGGAGAGCCGCGCGCCGCCGCCGAGAUGUUCCUAUCCGCGGGCGACGUCGAUCGUGCCAUCAGCAUCAUCGCCGAGUACGGUUGGAUCGACAUGCUGAUCAAAGUAGGCAGGCAAUUGGACAAGGCGGACCGCGACAACCUGUCGAUGAUAGCGAAGAAGCUGAAGCAGCUGGGCGCCUCGCACGGCGCAGCGGAGAUCUUCAGCCGGCUCGGGGACGAUCCCGACGUCGCCGACGUGCUCGUGGACGCGCAGGCGUGGCCCGAGGCCUUCGAGCUCGCCGAGAGGAAUCCGAAGCUGAAGUCACGGGUGUACGGGCCGUACGCGCGGUGGUUGGCGGAGACCGGCCGGUUCUCCGAGGCUCAGGAAGCUUUCCAAAUGGCCGGACAACCGGAGGAGUCGAUACUGGUGCUCACGAUGCUGGCUAACAACGCUGUCGUGGAGAAGAGGUUCCGCGACGCCUCCUAUUUCUAUUGGCUCUUGUCACAGUUGAGUCUGAACCUGACGAAGAGCGCGGACGAGAUAAAGACGAUGUUCCUCAACUACUCCGACAAGGCGGACGUCUAUUACGCGUAUCACGAAGUGCACAAAUAUCUGGAAGAACCCUUCACGUCGCUGAUGCCGGAGGCGUUGUUCAACAUCUCGCGAUACCUGCUCAUGAAGACGCAGAACGUACGUUUGGACGGCGUGUCGAAGCUGACGAUAAUGUACAGUUUAGUGAAGCAAGCGCGGAUAUUGGGAGCCAACAAGUUGGUGAUGCAGCUGCUGGACCAGCUGCGCGCUAUGAGGAUCCCCGCGAAUCUCUUGGCCCAGGUGGAGACGUCCACGUUGGCCGCCAGGUCUUACCCGUACCGCGACCCGGAGGAGUUGCUGCCGCUGUGCUACAAGUGCUCCACCUUCAACCCGUUGCUGCCGACGAACAGUGUCUCCGGUAGUAACUGCACGCAGUGCGGCCUGAAGUUCCAACAUUCCUUCGUCAUGUUCGAAAUCCUGCCGCUGGUUGAAUUCGAGCUGGAGGACGAUAUCACGGACGAGGAAGCGGAGAAGCUGAUAGAGGAGCCGUUGCCUUCCGACGACGACGUCGCAGUGAGCGACCAGUUCACCGUGACCUCCAACGAGGCCGAUCUGUUCACCGUCCGCUUGAUGAGAUACGAGGGGAAAGCCAGCAGCUCGACGAUAAGUGUGGGCAGGGGAGUGUUGAAGAGCAUGGACCCGUCCACCGUGAUAAUCAUCAAGUGGCCGAAGCCCUUCAAGACCCGAUACUUCCGAAAUCUCUUGCCCGACCUCCAGAUCAGCCUGUGCAAGUGCUGCUUGAAGUUGUUUCAUUCGGACGACUAUGAGCUGGCGUUACUGCGACACGGACAUUGCCCGUUCUGUCGGGCGCCGAAUACCCCGGCAGGUUGAGGCGUCGUCGCAGGUCAGGAGAUUUCUUGUAGGAGAUCACGCGUACUUAUGCCAGGAAUCGUUAGAAAUGUUCUAUUGCUCUCCGUCCCGAGAUUUUAUCAUGAUCUUGUACAGUGUUUUGUUAAA